CCCCCAAAAAAAUCCUGGUUAUAAAAAGGCACACAGAGGAACAAGACUCUUGAAUUAAGCAGCAUAGAAUAAUCGAACAUUCCUACCUGUGUCUUUCACCACGCCGUCGCUCGAUAGCGGCGUCUCUCGGCAGCCAUGUCUACUAUUCAACAGAUCAAAAACUUCAUCCGCCACGGCAAACAAGCUCGUGUUGGUAAUUUUAACGAAGAGCCGCAAAAGAAUGAAGCCCCCCAGCCGAUACCACAGCCACCCCCGGAGAAAACUGCAGCAACAGGUCCUGUAUAUGGCAUACCCGCCGGAAACCAGGAGCCCCUGUCAGCGUACUCAGAAGCUCCCAACGAUCAGCAGAACCGAGCUGCGCAGGCAGGCAAUGCCGCAGCCCACCAUGUCGAGCCGGCUCAGGCCAAUGGUACCAAGGGCAGGAGGGUAGAUGAGGCGAACCUGGCUCAAAUUGUUGCUGAAGAAAAUGCCAGCAAGGGAAAGUUCCCGAAAUACCCUGAUUUGGAUCGAUGGGAGCUCCUAGAAAAAAUGGGCGAUGGUGCUUUCAGCAAUGUUUAUCGUGCGCGCGACCUGACCGGAGAGCAUGGCGAGGUUGCCAUCAAGGUCGUUCGCAAGUAUGAGAUGAAUCGUAUGCAAGGAAACAAACAUUUACAUCCAGACUUUCAAAAGAUUCCAAAAGCUGCAGAGCGCUCGAAUAUUUUGAAAGAAGUUCAGAUCAUGCGUCAGCUUGACCACCCCAACAUCGUCAAGCUCAUUGAAUUUUCCGAAUCCAAGCAGUACUACUACAUCGUGCUGGAGCUGGCUCCCGGUGGCGAGUUGUUCCACCAGAUCGUACGACUGACGUACUUCAGCGAGGAGCUGUCUCGCCAUGUCAUUGUCCGAGUGGCCAGGGCGCUGGAGUACCUGCACGAAGAGAAGGGUGUUGUCCAUCGCGACAUCAAGCCUGAAAACAUCCUCUUCAACCCGAUACCCGUCAUUCCGUCCAAGCACCCAAAACCCAAGCAGCCAGGAGAUGAGGAUAAGGUCGAUGAGGGCGAGUUCAUCCCUGGAUAUGGAGGAGGCGGCAUUGGCGAAAUCAAGAUUGCCGACUUCGGCCUCUCCAAGAUUGUGUGGGAAACACAAACCAUGACACCCUGCGGCACCGUUGGCUACACUGCACCCGAGAUCGUCAAGGAUGAGAGAUAUUCCAAGUCGGUUGAUAUGUGGGCACUUGGUUGUGUUCUCUACACAUUACUAUGUGGCUUCCCGCCUUUCUAUGACGAAAGUAUCGAAGUCUUGACGGAAAAGGUUGCCAAGGGCCAGUACACCUUCCUGUCGCCUUGGUGGGACGACAUCUCCAAGUCUGCCAAGGAUCUGAUCAGCCAUCUUUUGACGGUGGAUCCCGAAAAGCGUUACACCAUCCGAGAGUUUCUUGCCCACCCAUGGAUCCAAGAAGUAGGACCAACCCCUAAAAAUGAAAAGAGACCCGAGGUUGUGCCGAUCAAGCCAUUUGCAACCGCCCAAUUCGAGGAUUCCGGAAAGCGAUACGAUUUCCGAUCCCCUGCAGCUGUUAAUCUCCGUGAGGUUUUCGAUGUCAGUUAUGCUGUUCAUCGUCAAGGAGAGGAAGAAAUGAGAAGGGCCCAGAUUGGAGCAAGAGCUGGAGGUGCUGGAAGACCUCUUGGUGGUCUCAAUGAAGAAGACGAAGAGGAGGAGGAGGAAGACAGCGAUGCUGAUAACAUGGAUAUCGACAAGGACACCAACAGCAAAACUCAGGCUCUAGAGCAGAGGAUGCAAAGGGCCAAUAUCCAAGACCAUGACAAUACUCAUACUCGUGGUCGCGAGCGAGAGCGAGCCGGUGAGAGAGGCUAUGGGCAGCAUUCCGCGGCCGUGACCGCUGCUGCACGACAGCAAGUGCGCGAACGACAGCGACAAAAGGGCGCAUUUGAGCUCAAUCUUGACAACGCAACACUGCUGGGGAAGCGAGGCAAAAAGAUUCCCGUCAUGGGAGCGUAGAAGCUCAAUGUGGAUGAGCAAUCAAAGCCCGCGACACCGGAAGAUAAAGCUGCCGUCGAUGGCAUCUUUGCCAUUGACUUCUCACCCACAAGCGAGUCACCGCCUCGCGUGGAUGAGUCCUUUAUACGCGACAUUUUACAA